AUGUCACGGGGAUGGCGCAAGACUGGGGCAGAGAAAACCGUCAGCUCCAGCCGAAGAUCUAGCAGUGCCUAUUUCUAUUACUGGUAUUGCUUUGGUCAGUACCGAAGAUUCCAGCAGCACAGAAAGAAAAAUGGCUCAUACAAAAAUAAGGGGAUUGAAAGAUGGCAUAGAGCUGUGUCCACUAACUUGGUAAAACAAAAUGUAUUGGUCCCCAAAGAGGAAUAAUCCAGUGAUAGUGAGAUGGAAUUUCAUGAAAGCCAGCAAAAUAAGAAAAAAAAAUGGAUGAAGGUGAAGACUGCUUUGGGGAAGAUGCUAUGAUGCAAGUAUAGAAGCAAGCCAGCAAGUUUCAGCGGAGAGGGCUCCACUAGCCACAAGGAAGCUCUCCUUUCAAACACACAGAGUCUUCUUCCUAGAAUUGCCAAGGAGCUUCCAUCCCCCAAGUUAUUUACCAAACCAAGAAUGAGAAAGCUUUCACAGAAUGCAACUAUACAACUUGAUGUGGUAGAAGUGGAGACAGAGUCGAUAGCCUGAGGCAAUACCCUGGUCUGGGCCAGAAGAACCACCAAGCAGUUGUCUGUGACAUCCCUUCCUUCAGGACUGCAAAAUGCUCCAUAUUCAUCAAAAAAGAGACGAUACUUUCUGGCCCUUAAAAAAAAAAAAAACCUAGCGUGGAAAACAUCCUCCGAAGAUGAUCUGACAGUAGGGAAGCUUCAAAUGCAGGUGGAUGAUCUCACAGAAACAGGGACUGAUAAGUCCAUGGAGCUGCUGGCCCAGAGGCACGCUGAGCUUCAGCAAUGCGAGUUUCUAGGGCACAAGGUUCUUCAGUCUUCUAAGCAGUCCCAGAGGAUAUCCACGAGAACCACGAGGAAGUAUACACGGAAGAAUGUUUGUCUGCCAUGUACCUGCUGCUGCUUCUGAUGCUGCUCCUGACUGCAUAAAAGUC